AUGUUCACAAUUGUGAAAGAAAAAGAAGAGCAAUUAAGAGAGGCCACCAACAUAACUGAGAGGAUGAUCGCAAUUGUGAAAGAAAAAGACGAUAUGGUAAGAAAUAUGAUGAUCCUCUAUGACAAUCUGAAGAAGGAAAAGGAUUUUCAGAUCCACGAUUUGAUGGCUGAGCAGGAAAAACUCAAAAACGAUCACCGGAUUUUGGAAGAGAAAUUAGAAGACGCUCUUAGUAAGAGGGAGAAGGAAUUAGAAGAGGCACAUAAUAGCAUACAAGAUAUGGAAAGGCUCUUGAAGGAAGAAGGAAAGGAAAAAAGAGAGCUGACAAAUCUUUAUAACAAAAUGGUCGAGAACAAGGACCAUCAGAUUAGAGAUAUAUUGGCUAAAGAAGAUAAACUGAAGGCAGCCAAAGAACUCUCGCAAGAAAAACUAGAAGAGUUGGCUAAUCGUAUGCAGGAUUUGGAAAGCCUCUUAAAGGAAAAAGAGGAGGAAAAAACAGAGAUGACAAGUCUCUAUGACAAAAUUAUUGCAACCAGAGAGCAGCAGAUCAAAGAUUUGUUAGCUAAAGAAGAUAAACUGAAGGAGGAACAAGAGACAUUACAAGAAAAAUUAGGCAAAGCCCUCUCUUGUCUCAAAAGGAGGCAAGAUUUCAAAAUAGAAAUUGAAAGGCGAUGGCUACUGGAGAUGAGGGAAAAAAAUAGAGAGCUCGAUAUGUUGAGGAAAUUAUGUGAGGAAUAUGAUGAGAGACAGAGAAAUCUAGAGGAAAAAUUGGGAGAAGAUUUAAACGAAAUGCAGAAAUUAGGGCUCUCACUGAAAAAAGCAGAAGACUCACUUACGGAGACAUGUUGGUUGGUGAAGGAGAAAGAAGAAGCUCUUGUUAAAGUAAGAAGUCGGUGUGAGGAACAGGACACGGGGCUUGAGAGGCUUCGACAACAGGGUAUACAUCUACAAGGAAAACUUCAGAAGAAGGAGGUAGAUUAUGAAAGUUUAUCAGUUCAAAGAAAUGAGCUGGAAACUCUCUUAAAUACAGAGAAAGAGCUGUUGAGAGAAAGGGAAAGGGAAAUAACUGACUUGAAAAUGAGAUAUCAGCAGAUAUUACUAGAGAAGGAGCAACAAGAAAAAAGCUUGCUAGAAGAGAAUGACUGCUUGCAAAAAGAGGUAGCAAGCUUGCAAGUUGGCCAGGUAGUUGCUAUGAGCAACGAGGAGAAAUUGAAGGGUGAGUUGAAAUUCGCAGAGGAAAAAGUCCUAAAUUUCCUGAUGGCUGAGAAACAGAACCUGCAUACAAUUGAAAAGCUUACAAAAGAAUGUGAACUAUUGAAGGAGAAAUGUAGGACACUAGAGGGAAGUAAGGCAAAGGCAGAAAAAUGUGCCAGAGAACAACAAAGAAUGCAGGAAGAAGCAUUAAGAAUGCAAGAUAAAUACAUGUUGAUGGGCCUUCUCCACAGGAUUGCUCAAAGGGAUUUUGAGUUAGAACGCAUUGCAGGGGAGGAGCAUGAGAUUACAGAGGCUGAAGGAGAGAAGCCAGAAACUGAAAGUGAAGAUCUUGUGCAUGAAAAUAAUCAGGAGUUUAGCAAUGCCCAGGAUGAGAAUAGAGGAUACUUAAGGAGGCAAUGGUUGGAUGUAACCAGCAUCGUAGAAGACAUUCUGUAUAGGGAUCAAAGGCCUCCAGAGGAAGAAAGAGAUGUAGAGCCGAACCAUUAG